CAUGAGGAAGAAACCUUAAGAGGAACCAAGACUCACUGGCAAUAAACUAAACUACUACUACCUAUUAAUGAAGACAGAUUAUGGUUUGAUAGUUUACCCUAAGUGUAUCACAGACUAUCACCAGGGCAUAUCCAUCAUCAUUAAAACUACUAUUUAAAAUUGACGUAGUCGGCAGGAUCAGCGAGAGGCACCACGCGGAGCAGCGCUGACUAAACUUCGAGGACGCUCCUCAGAGAGAAUUUCUCGACUGAGCUGGAGAAAGAGGGAAACCCACAAGAAUACGGGAAAGUACCUAACUAGGGAGUGAUGUCCCGCUUGACUCCGGUGGUGUGCUCCGCCUGAUAGAGAGGAACUAGCAAACUGUGUCCGUCCUGGUAGAACAAAGUAUCCCGGUAUGUGCAAGAGUGUUUAUCGCGAUAAGGAGCAAGAAAUGGGUAAACAGGAUGACAAAAAAUCCCCUCUUGGAUGUGAAGUUUAGAUAUAAGGAACAGAGUCAGUCUACCCCUUUAGAGCUUUUGCUCCAGAGCAUUAGUUCUCACACCGCUGUGUUUUGUAUGUUCUAUUUUCUUUAUUAAAUUACUCUUUUAAUCACGUCUGACUUGCUGUUUAUUCAAAUUUCCACCACAGAAGACAUCAGGUUUCUGACUGCAAAACAGCUAUUUGCUUUAAACAGCUUUUACUUUUUUCUUAUAAAUUUUUGAGAACAUGUCAAAUCUGCUGCCCAGUGACCAGUCAGGAUGUAAUGAGGGAACGAGAUCUCCAUAUUAUCAUAUGUUCAACAAAGAAUUUCUACUCAAUAAAAAGCACCUUGGUGACAAGUUCAGCAGGGUGAUGGUUUCCUCUAUAAAGGGGGAAGGGACAGAGGCAAAGUAACAACGAACAUGUCAAUGCGCUAAAAACAACUCCCACAUCUGCUUCCUCCACAGAUCAUGCUGUUUAACUUCACAUUUCUCUUUUUCUGAUUUAAAAAUGCUCUGGAAUUUUCAAGUCUACUUUUUUGUGUUUUAUGUAUCUCAGUCUGUGUUGGCUUUCAACAUUGAAGCAAAUCCUUGGAGGUACUUCACCCAAAACCAGGACACAGCCUUUGGCUACAAAGUGAUACAGAAAAAUCAGUCCAGUGUGAUUGUGAGUGAUCCUUUAUUACAAAAUCAAAAUAAAAGAGGAAACAUAUACCUAUGUAGGACAAACUCAAAAGACUGCUCACCUUUAAAAAUUAAUGUUCCCCCGGAGGCUGUUAAUAUGUCUCUUGGGCUUUCAAUGACUAAAGAUCCUCAGUCCUCAAUGAUAUCGGUGUGUGGCCCAACCAUCCCCAAGGCUUGUGAAGCAACUACUACCUACAAUGGCAUGUGCUUUACCAUUGAGGAGAGAAACACUGUCACAGGGCCUAUACCAAGCACUUUAAGAGAGUGCCCACCUGCUGCACAAACAGAUAUUGCUUUUUUGUUGGAUGGUUCAGGGAGUGUACAUCCCACGGACUUUUCUAAAAUGAAGAGUUUUGUUAAAAAGCUGAUCCAAGGCUUACAAACACAAAAUAUUAAGUUUGCUGUUGCAGAGUUUUCUGAUUAUUGUAAAAUACCCAUUACAUUCAAUAACUUCAAUAACAUCAGUGACGUAGAUAAUAUAGAACAACAACGUCAAUGGACCAACACUGCAAAUGCUAUCAAUAAACUUGUGAAUGAGUUAUUUACCAGCAGUGCAGGAGCCAGGCCAAAUGCUAAAAGAGUCUUACUCGUCAUCACUGAUGGUGAAUCCACUGAUCGUUUCUAUCUACAAACAGCUAUUGAAAAUGCAGAAAAGAAAAAAAUUACUCGAUAUGCUAUAGGGGUUGGCAGAGCUUUUCAAAGUCAAUCUGCUCAGAAGGAGUUAAGAAUCAUUGCGUCUCAGCCACACAAUGAGCAUAUAUUCAAGGUUGAUAACUAUGACUUGUUGGACAAAAUUCGUGGAACUUUGGAGGAGCAGAUAAUCGCUAUUGAGGGAACCCAGACAUCAGGAGACUCCAGCAGAAUGGAGUUUGCACAGGAUGGGUUCAAUGCAGCAUUUAAUACAAAUGGAAACAUCAUAAUGAGUAUAGUCGGAGCUUUCCAGUGGAAAGGAGGAUACCAGGAGUAUAAUUCACAUCAAGAAAACAUUUCCUUUCACACAGGCAGUGAACAUGACAGUUAUUUAGGUUACUCUAUGGCAGUAGGAAGAAUGAGGUAUGAUAAAUAUGUUAUUCUGGGAGCUCCAAGACAUGCACACAAGGGAAGGGUGACCAUAUCAUCACUGAACAAAGUGACGCAGUUGCUGCUGGAUCCUCCAGAGCCACAGAUUGGUGCCUACUAUGGAGCUGAAGUGUGUGUGGUAGACUUGAAUGCUGACUCCUACAUGGACCUUCUACUAGUUUCUGCUCCACUGUAUAUGGAAGAGGAUCAGGAAGGAAAAAUCUUUGUUUACUCCUUUUCACAGCAGUCACAAUUACAGGAACAAUCAACACAGACAUUAGAAGGAAUGAUGGGACAAAAAGGAAGGUUUGGCUCUGCAUUAUCCAGCCCAGGAGAUCUAAAUGGGGAUCAUUUUGCAGAUGUAGUGGUAGGUGCUCCACUGGAGGAUGAUGGACAGGGCAGCAUCUACAUUUUUAAUGGAAGAACAGCAGACAUCAACCCCACCUACUCACAGAGAAUCAGUGGUUCAUCUGUGCAUGUAGGUCUACCGUUCUUUGGUUUAUCUUUGAGUGAGUUUGCUCUGGACCACAGUGGAGAUGGUCUGUCAGAUAUUGCUGUUGGAAGCAAAGGAGCAGUCACAUUGCUCAGGUCCAGACCUAUUGUAUCCUUGGUGACCAAAGUAACCUAUAGCCCAUCAAAAAUCCCCACUAAAGACACAGACUGUGAAAAGCCUUUAGAAAACAUCUUGCGUUUGUGUUUCACUAUGAAGGAUAAACACACUUACCCAGAAGACUUAUCUGCAAAUAUUAAAUAUACUUUAAAGCUUGAUGGAAAGCGACAAAACUAUCGAGCAUUCUUUUCAGUCAAAAAUCCUACAGUGUCAGACAGUAUGACUGUUACAUUGGAUGAGGUGUGCAAAGAGCAUAAUUUUUUCAUAGAGGCUUGCAAUGAGGAUGCAUUAAAUCCACUGUCCAAUCAGUUAACGUUAACAUUUGAGGGACUCCCAGUUGGCACAGUGGAAGGGUUACAGCCCAUCCUUCACCCGGGAAUAAAAACCACCUCAGAUCAUAAUCUGGAUUUUGAAAUGAACUGUGGAGAUGAUAAGAUCUGCACUGACAAUCUCAAAAUGGAUUUCAACUUCUCUGGAUCAUCAGAUAUAAAAGUUGGAAUCAUGCAGGAUAUGAAUGUGACAAUGUUUGUGGAGAACAGAGGAGAAAACUCCUACAACAGUCUCAUAACUCUCAGUUACCCCUUUGGACUGUCCUUCAGGAGAUUCACCACUAAACAGAGCAGAGUGGAAUGCAUAUCUCUGGACAGUGAUGACAAAGGUUCACUGGGGACCUCCACCUGUCAUAUUAGCAAGCCCAUCUUCAGGGAGAAUGGAUUGGCCAUUUUUGACAUUACAUAUAACAUAAACAAAGACGUUAACUUUGAUAAAACGAUGAUGUUCACUGCUACUGCUUCCAGCGGCAAUGACAAACACUCAGAUUACAGCGAACUGUUCAAAAACAGAACCAUUGGUGUCAAAUAUGGCAUCUACAUCUCACUGAUCAGAUAUGAGAAGUCCAGCAUCCACAUUAACUUCACUGCAGGAAAGAACAACCUUGAGAAACCAGUCAGCCAAAUCCUCAAAGUCCAGAAUGACCUAAGGGACUUAACACUCACUAUUUUAAUCAAAGUCCCAAUAACAUUAGGAGAUAAGGACAUUUGGACCACUAAGGAUUUGCAGAUUCAAGAUUGUAUUGUAGACAGAGAUGAGCAACCCACAGUCCCUGAUUUUGUGGCAGCACUAAAAAAUCACCACAAAGUGAACUGUUCUGUGGCUGUGUGCAGACUUUUUAGGUGUAAUGCAAAUCUGAUGAGAAGGGAGUCAAAAUUCUACAACAUCUCUGGUCAUGUUAGUUCUGGGUGGAUUGAACAGACUGGACUCCGAUCAGCAGUUUUUGAGCUGGUCAGUACAGCAACUCUGGAAUAUGACAAAAAUAAAUAUGUCUACUUUUCCUCUGAUUCUCUACAUACUGCACCCACAGGCCUGAUUAAUACCCAGGUGGAGGUGUAUGAGGAGAAAAACAUCGUUAAGGAGAUAAUUGGAGGAACAGUAGCAGGGCUGCUGAUUUUGGCUCUCAUCACUGCUGGCCUCUACAAGGCUGGGUUCUUCAAAAGUCGCUAUAAGCAGAUGUUGGAGGAUGCAGGCUCUGGGGCUGAUGGGACUGAUUAGGAGGUGGCGGCAGCUAGAGAAGACUCAUGUGCUGCACUGCUCUGCUUAAAUUCCAACAUGGACUUGUCAGUCUAUGUUUGUGAGAUUACAGUGACAGCUGUAAAGUUCACAUAUGCUACUGUGCUGUUUAAAAUGCAUGUCAAAUUCAUCUGUACAUCAUAUCAGAUUCAUGUCUCUGAUAAAUUUGCUUUGUAAUGGGCUUUUUGGUAUUUAUAAAGAAAACAGUUAUUCAGAGUUGAAAUGGCAAUUUUAUGUUUUAUUGUGCGAUGCAUGUGGCACUCCUGGUGGCGUUUCAGACCAGAUGACACAGUGUCCAGCAGUAUGGACUUUCUUUGGCAUAGAUGGUACGCUCAUGAUGGUGCAGGUUGCACAGGAGGUUGAAGUACAGGCCGCAGUGGGAGCAGCAGUGGGGACUCUCACCCUGCUGAAUGCACUCAUGGCUUUUCAGGAAAUGCAGGUGGCUCAAAGUUCUAAGGCACUUGCCGCACACGUGUGAGGAGGUGGGCGGUUGUUGGGGCUGGAGGUCUGCUUAAUUCUCAAAGUCAGCCGUGAUCGAGCAAGGCUCAGCACAAUCAUUCAAACUCUCUUCCUCAGCUCUGUCCUUGGCUGCCUUCUGAGUGGCUUUUCUUUUGGUUUUAGGUGUUUGGCAUCGAGGUUGUCCAGCAGCUGCUUUCCUAGGGUGGUCCCUGGCCUGGUUAGCAUGCUGUGCAGAUCUCCUUAGCCUUGUCAGGGGUUCAUAUGGAGGGUCAUGUUUGCCUGAGAGGUUCUCGGUUUGCCAUGUUUCCUCAGCGGUGAAAGACAUUUUCUAAUACUUUGAGGUACUCCCCAUGGUGGUGCCAUUUGUGAAGAUGUUUGAGAGUUUUGCUACAAAGGAGAAGUACAAGGGUAAACAUUGGAUGGAGUUCUGACUGCUGUGUGUCUGUUGUUGGUUCCUUUUUACCCUGGUGGGUCUGCUGGUGUCUCUUCAGUCCUGUUGCCUGACUAAAGCACUUCCUGCAGUGGAUUCAGCAAUAAGGCUUCUCCUUUCAAUGGAUUGUGCGUGGUUUUCUUUUUAAGUUGCAGAACCACAAGAAUGCUCUUCCAAACUCAUCGCAUUUGUUCCCUGACACCUCCGUUACACUGCUGUCAAUUUGUUCCAUGGUGUUGUCCAAACUAUUGCUGUGUCAGUGUAACAAUUCUGCUUGACCUGAUUUUUCUGUCUGGCCACUGAGAUUUGGAAACUGGCUCUGAAAAGACUGUGAGAUCAGCUGCAUUUUAAAGGGAGGCAGUGCAUCAGAUGCAAGUAGGCACUGGUCUGAGUUCGUUACUGGCAUCUGGUCACGGGGUUCAGUAGCCUGGGCUUCCAGGAGAUGUGGAUGCUCAUCUGGGUGUGAGCGUCUGACAUGACCAUGCAGGUAAAAAGCAGCUAGGAAAGAGUACUAGCAUUGAGGACAAAUUUUUAAAUCCUCUUUGCUUCUUCCUGGCAAAAAAUAAAAAGUGUUCUUAGCUUUUCUGUACUUAAUUCACUUCAAAUUAAAAUACUUUUAUGUAUAAUAGGUACAUCUAAAGUGCCAACGUGAGAAUGUAUUUGACAGAUCACAGAAUAAAUGGAAAAUACAUUCUGGGUA